AUGUUUAUUAUCACCAACGUCCUGUUCUACUACUUCCUGGGAGAAAUCUUUUACGUGACUGGCCUUGGUGUUUCCAAGAUCUCGAUUCUCUUCUUCUACCUUCGCGUCUUUCCGGCCAAGAGCUUUCGAAUCCUUACUUACAGCGUCAUGGGCGUCUGUGGGGUCUACACCGUUGUAUUCUUCGUCGUCACCCUCAUGCAAUGCCGGCCCAUCAGCAUGGCUUGGGAUCAAUGGGAUGGACUCCACGAAGGCAGCUGCAACAACAUCCAUCUCCAAGGCUGGAUCGCGGCCGCUAUCAACAUCUUCCUCGACGUGGUUGUGAUGGCGCUCCCGAUGAAACAUCUAGCAGCGCUGAACAUGGGUAUCAAGAAGAAGGUCAUGGUCAUGUCCAUGUUUGGUGUCGGUAUCUUCGUCGUCGUCAUCUCGGUCAUUCGCUUGGAAUCCCUCAUCCACUUCUCUAAUACGCAGAAUGUCACCUGGGAUUACGUCGACGCCGGUCUAUGGAGUCUUAUCGAAAUCGACGUUUCGAUCGUCUGCGGAUGUAUGCCUGCUCACCGGCUAUUGAUCGCCAAGUUCUGGCCGAAGAUACAGUCGACAAUCGGAGCAAGCAAAGCCCUUUCGACGAAAGGUUCAAAGUUCAACAGUACCAACAACACGACCAUCAGCUCUACGGCCCCCGAGAAGUCAGUCCGUCUCUCCAUAAAACCGAAAGCAAAGGACGAGAACAACUUCAUUCCAUUGGACGACAUGGACGACAACAGCGAUCGAGCCAUGUUGACGAAACGGGACACCGAACGAGACUCUAGGGGUUGGAUCGUGGCAACACAUGAGGUGGAAGUCACGCACAGGAAUGCUUCGGUGGUCACAGAGAACGCCAAUGAUGGUAAGCCCCAGGACUGGAACAAGCCUCCUAUGAUGGGAAGAGAACAUGUAUGA